CGACCUUCAACCUCUCAACUCAACUCAUCUGCUUCGUCUGCCUAAUCCUAGGACAUUCUGCCUGGCCUGAUCAUCUCCUAUCUUCUAUCUCGUCCCCUUGCUGCUUACCCUUCGAUACCCUCAUACAACAUGCAUCCCGCUACUACAAGAUGACCGACCGCACGAGGAUCGGGAUCGGAAGUCCCGAAGCAUACCAUACAUCUUUGGGCGAAAGCGGCAGUGAGAGCGGCUCUUCAUUAAGUAUAGAUGAGAGGCAAGCUGCUCAGCUCAGAGCUACCCAGAAGUUGAACCAGGUCAUCCAGCAAUUCUACUUUAAAGGUUCUCUGACCAUCAUAGCCUCUCGAACAACUCUUCCUCACGCCUACAACAAGAAUGGCGACCUCAAACAAAACAAAUGGUUCAACCUCGUUGUGGAUGAUACAGACGAGUUCCAAGACGACGUCAGACAAUGGAAAACUUGCAAUGUCGCCGAAUCCAAACCCCCGCCUCUAGUCAUAGAGGUGUAUCUUGACCUCGCUGAACUUACACCGAAUCAAACCUUGGUGGUUCUAGACGAUCAAGGAAAACGAUGGGAUGUUGCAUCCUCGCUCAACCCUCCGAUACGAUCCGGCUCGACCAAGACGGAAAGAACCACAACCGUCACUUUGGAACGAUGGCAGAUUGAGCUGGGUCCGAUAUCAUCAGGGUAUUCGCCCGAGGGCGGUGAUCCUCUGCCGAACACGUACAAGAAGGGCGUCGUCCUGUUUCGGUCACUCUACAUGAUAGCUCGCUCCAACGCUGUCUGGAAGUUAUACCGUCGUAUUGCGAGACAAGCGGCCAACCAUCCAAACUUGAAGCUACGGUAUCGCAUUCUCGAGGCUAGCCCGCGAUCGGCACUGAAAUAUAGCACCGUUGACGUUGGUCUAUACCCAUCGCAGGAAGCCGUCACAGAGAAGUAUACGUUCACACCGACACACUCGCCCGCUGGAGACCUGUGCAUCUCCGUCAUUCAUCGAAAGAAUUGCGAUUUCCGCGUCGAUGAUUCAGAAGCGCUCUUAAGUUCCCAGUUCAUGGGCAUGGAUGAUCAAUACUUUCGUCCAACCCUGUCUCCACGAGCAGCCGAAGCCAUCCCUGGGUCAUUACCCAACAAACCAAACUAUACUCCCGAAGUCGGUGACCCUGGCACGGCGUAUGGGAGUUUAUCGACUUUCCACCAACCUGGACCUGCCCUUGGUGCCAGUCCGCUGUCGACAUUGCGGACUGCGAAGGACUUUGGGACCACGCCGGAAUCACACAAAGAUAUGCCGAGACACCGAUUCUCUACCUCGCGACCAUCGGCCCGUGCUGAUGGACGACGACCAUCCGUUUCAUUUCCAGCCUUUAAGGCAGGCUCAUUGGCUUCCUCUCCAGCGUCUAAUCCGCCUGUGGCGCCGUCGCCUGGAAGCUCCCUGGGGCGAGGCGCUGGCCAACAUCUACAUCACCGGAGUAGAGGAUCGAUAACGACUCUCCCACAACAGGUGCUAAGGACUCCUGGUAUCCCAAAUGAGACCGCCAUCGCAUCAUCCCCAUCCGCAUCGAGCUCACCAAAGCCAGCGCCGAUUAAUCGAUACAGUAGCAGCUUCGGCCAUCGACGCAGUCGCUUUUCAUCGGGCGGCGGAAGCAAAAUCGAUGAAGACAAUACGAGCAGCGGCAAAGGUUCUCUCGCGUCAUCUGCGCAACCCGGCUCCGGGGUGCUCAAUGAAGGCGAAGCUAGCUCCAGUAGCGUGCAAACCGAUGACGACAACAUCAAAGACUUCAUCCGGCUGCUGCAGGAUAAGAAAGAGCUUGACUCCUUCCAGAAAAACAACGAUGCAACGCGGCAAGCGUCUACGCAACGCGCAACCGCGGUCCUAUCGCGCUUCCAGAAGGUGAAAGAAUCCAACGCCGCCCUCUCCGAGAGCAUGGCCACGUCCCUCCUUCUCCACCGCUCCUCGUCCUCCUCAUCCCGCCAACUUGCCAACGUCCCUCAAAUCGCCGGGACCUCUAUCUCCACCGCCUCAUCCCCCGGCAAGCCCGUCAGCCCCCACACCCCGCAUACCCCCUCCGUCCCCUCCCGCCUCUCCG